UAUUUUUACACAGCGUGUAUAGAAGUGACACUAUGGAUGUGACACAUUGAAAUAUAAAUGUGUACAUGUAUAUGUUUACGUGCCAAAAAUGUAUAGUUUUAUUGAGGUAAAGGUAAAGGUUUUUUUUAGGUCUAAUCGAUACAGUUGUGUAUUUAUAGGUUAGUCACUCAUAGAUACAAUAUUAAAUAAUUUAUUCUCACAUUUACUUGCAUAAAUUAUUAAAAUGCUGAGACAACGACAUGUCAAUGUUAAAACAGUCAAGGAACUGGAUGCAUUUCCCAAAGUACCCGAAUUAUAUGUUGAUAAAACUGCAGUUGGAGGAACAUUUUCUAUUUUUACGAUUCUUAUUAUUGCAUAUUUAAUAAUAGCUGAAACAAACUACUUCCUUGAUAGUAGAUUACAAUUUAAAUUUGAACCAGAUACCGACAUUGAUGCAAAAUUGCAAAUUAAUAUCGAUAUAACUGUGGCAAUGCCUUGUGGUCGUAUUGGUGCGGAUGUUUUAGAUUCUACAAAUCAGAAUAUGAUAGGUCAAGACACUUUACAAGAAGAAGAUACAUGGUGGGAACUAACGUCAGAACAAAGAGCACAUUUUGAAUCUUUGAAACAUAUGAAUUCAUAUUUAAGAGAAGAAUAUCAUGCUAUUCAUGAACUCCUUUGGAAAUCUAAUCAAGUUGUUCUUUAUAGUGAGAUGCCAGAGCGAUUAUUCAAACCUGAUUAUGCACCAAAUGCCUGUCGUAUUCAUGGCAGUCUAAAUGUAAAUAAAGUAGCAGGAAACUUUCAUGUAACAGCUGGAAAAUCACUAUCUUUACCACGUGGACAUAUACAUAUCUCUGCAUUUAUGACUGAUCGUGAUUACAAUUUUACUCAUAGAAUUAAUAAAUUCUCUUUUGGUGGACCUAGUCCAGGAAUUGUGCAUCCUCUUGAAGGUGAUGAGAAAAUUGCAGAUGACAAUAUGAUGCUGUAUCAAUAUUUUAUCGAAGUUGUUCCCACAGAUAUCAGAACAUUGUUAAGUACAUCCAAGACAUACCAGUACAGUGUCAAAGAUCAUCAAAGACCAAUUGAUCAUAACAAAGGAUCUCAUGGAAUACCUGGAAUUUUUUUUAAAUACGAUAUGAGUGCGCUUAAAAUAAAAAUAACUCAAGAACGUGAUACAAUUUUCCAAUUUUUAGUGAAAUUAUGUGCCACUGUAGGUGGAAUUUUUGUUACAAGUGGUUUAAUUAAAAAUGUUGUGCAAAGUUUUUGGUACGUUGUGUGUUGCAAGUUUUUAAAGUCUAGAAAAACUGACUAUCAUAACUCACAAGUUCCAUCACAUUCCAUGAAUUAUCGAGCGACUGAUACCAUAAAUUUACUUGAUAUUUCAGCCUCUCAAAGUAUUGAUAUCAUGUUAAAACCUCAAUAAAAUGUCAUAACAUAACUUAA